CUCCCAUCUCGAUUCAUCUCACGCAUCUCACACCCGAACGUCAAUAAGCACCAGCGAUGGAAGAGGACGGGUUCCACUCAAUAUCUUGGGACGACGCGCCCCCGCGCGCCGGCUUCGCUGAUAUGUCGGGCGUUGGCGAGGACGAUGAUGACGGCUUCGACAAGAUCAACCCUUCCUCGCCUGACGAGCACUUUGGCGCUGCGAGCACGAGUACCGUGCGCCCCCAAGACACGCCGACGCGGCGCCUUGCAUUCGAGCCGGGAGACUACGAAUGGGACGGACGCUGGAUGUCCAUCGUUGUGAAGGACCCAGUUAAGGAGCAUGAGGGCAGCAAGGACAUGUUUGUGUCAUAUGCCGUGCAGACGAGGACGAACCUCAAGACGUUCAAGGAGUCGCCCACGACUGUCCGCCGCCGAUUCCAGGACUUUGCCUUCCUUCACGACCACCUUCUGAAGAGCUUCCCGGCUUGUGUCAUUCCGCCCAUCCCCGACAAGCAUCGCUUGGAAUACAUCAAGGGUGACCGUUUCUCUCCCGAGUUUGUGGAAAAGCGCCGGAUGGACCUGCAGCGCUUCGCAGACCGUAUCGCCAAUCACCCAACACUUCAACGCAGCCAACUCGUGGCCGACUUCCUCCAGAGUCACCAAUGGAACGUGGCCAAGCAUUCCCAUCUCGCUCACCCUCCGCCCGAGUCUCACACCUCGAUGCUCGAGUCGCUCAGCGACUCGAUUGUGAACGCCUUCACUCGCGUGCGCAAGCCGGACGCCCGUUUUGUCGAGAUGAACGAAGAGCUGGAGCGCUUUGAGGAGGGCAUGGGGCAGAUCGAGAAACUCGUGGCACGAAGCAAGAAUCGCGAGGAAGAUCUGGCGAACGACUAUCAGGACAUGGCAGCGGCGUACCAGGGCUUGGGUUACCUCGAGUCGGGGAUCACCGAGCCCCUCAACCGCUUCGCGGAGAAGAUGCUCGACUUUUCAACAUAUCUGAAGCACCAGAACCAGGCGUCCGUCGAUCCCUUCCUCAUCCAAACACAUUCGCUUCUGGCAUAUGCCGGCGCACAUCGUCAAACCAUAAAGCUGCGGGACCAAAAGCAGACAGACUUUGAGGAGCUGUCAGCUUACCUCUCGGCCGUUGUGGGCGAGCGCGACCGCCUCGCGGCUCUGAGCUCCGGAUACGCGGGAGCCCCAGUCGGGCUCGGAACCUACCUCCGAGAUCAGGUGGACAAGUUGCGCGGGACAGACGACAUUCACACGCGACGCGAACGAAUGCGCAAGCUCGACGGAAGGAUCAAGGAGCUUCAGGAGGCCGUCACUGCCGCUCACGAGACAUCGACAGCAUUCUCAGAUGAGGUCAUCAAAGAGCACACCGUGUUUGAGCUGUCCAAGCAGCAAGAAAUGAAGGAGAUGCUCGGCCGCUACGCCGAUGGACAGGUGGAGAUGCUUCAGCGCGCCAUGGACGAGUGGGACCGGAUCAUCCCCCUUCUCCAGCGCAUUCGGGUCGAUGUUUAGUCGCCGUCUCCGACGCUAGCCACGGACGUUGUAGACCGUCGCCGUGGGGACGCCGAGUAGUUCAGCCACAACCAUCGUUUUUUUCGGCUAGAGAGCGGCGUUAAGCGCCGGCGGUAGCGCUCUGCAGUAGCAUGCAUGUUGUAGCUGUG